ACAAAGUUGUGCUCAUGUCCUGAAUUUGAGACUACAGCCACAUGUGGCAGAGUAUGUAGUUGUGUAGAUACAUUUACACUAUUUAUGAGCAUUAUUGUCUAGUAUUGUAUGUCUAACAUUCUCUAAUGUUACAAAUCACAAAAAUACUUGUCUAAUAUUAAUCAGUGACUUAACUGGUUUAUAUAUUUUUAAACGUUUAUAUGCUCUUGUAUGUCUUAACAUAUCUAUCUCUCAAGAUAGUUAACAAGUAAUCCAUUUCCUAUAUAUUGAUGCCAAAGGAAAUGUGAUCUUUUCAAGUAGCUCUUUUGAGCUUCAUUGCCUCAAUUGACAACAGAGGUGUCAUAACUUGCCAUAACUUGCCAUAACUUCAUAACUUGCUGCUCUAUGCUGGUCACCAAGUAAUAUUAGGUAUACAGUAUCACAUUCCAAGUGUUCAGCAGCUUUAACAAAAUUUGCCUUAUUAUUGUACAAAAACUUGUCAAAGUAGUCAGGCAUAACACAAAUAGAGGGUAUUAAGCCUUUGCUCAAAUAUUAAUAAAGCAAAUAAAAACCUAUUUAGGACAGAAAUAAUUAUGACUAAGACUUUACUUAUAAAAUAAAUGUCAUUGAUAACAUGCUAAAAUAACUUUACAUUAAAACAAAUAAGUAAAUUAUGCAGGAAUUUAUUUAAAAAACAUACCACAUCAGUGUUGAAGUUUAAAACCACAAUAUCUGAAAACUCAAGUAGCCUGUGAGAAUUUAUAGCUGAAUUAAUUUUAAUACCCUGGGAAUGUUUUAAUACACUUAAAAAUUCAAAAUGUUAAAAAUGAGCACUCAUUUAGAAAACAAUCCAAAUCAGUGUUCAAUAUGUCUGAAAGUCUUAAGACAAAAAUCACAUCUAAUAAGGCACAUGAAGAUUCAUACAGGAGAGAAACCAUUUCAAUGUUCAGUGUGUUUUAAAGAUUUUAUAUGUAAUUCAGAUUUAACAAAGCACAAGAGAGUUCAUACAGGAGAGAAACCAUAUCAAUGUUCAGAGUGUCAAAAAGAUUUUUCACAAAAGUCACAUCUAAUGGAGCACAUGAGGACUCAUACAGGGGAGAAACCUUAUCAAUGUUCAGAGUGUCAAAAAGAGUUUUCUUGUAAAUCGGUUCUAAACAAGCACUUAAGGCUUCAUACAGGAAUAAGACCUUAUCAGUGUUCGGUGUGUCAAAAAGACUUUGCACAAAAAUCCCAUCUAAUGGAGCACAUGAGGAUUCAUACAGGGGAGAAACCAUAUCAAUGUUCAGAGUGUCAAAAACUUUUUUAUAGUAAAUCAGAUCGAACAAAGCAUAUGAGGAUUCAUACAGGAGAGAAACCAUAUCAGUGUUCUGUAUGUCAAAGAGAUUUUGCACGUAAAGCAUUUCUAACGAGACACAUGAAAGUUCAUACAGGAGAAAAGCCAUUUCACUGUUUAGAGUGUCUAAAAGACUUUGCAGAAAAAUCACAAAUAGUAGAGCACAUGAGGGUUCAUUCAGAAGAUAAACCAUUCGAAUGUUCAGUGUGUCUAAAACGUUUUUCAUAUCGAUCAGCUUUAACAAAGCACACAAGGAUUCACACAGGAGAGAAACCAUAUCACUGUUCAGAGUGUCCAAAAAAAUUUUCCCGUAAAUUGUCUCUAACAAGGCACAUGAGGAUUCAUACAGGAGAAAUUCCAGAUCAGUGUUAAAUGUGUAAAAAAAAAAGACAAAUCAAAUCUAAAACUGUAUCUAAUAAUGCACAUAAGAAAUCAUACAGUACAACCUCCAUUCAAUGUACUAUAUGGGACCAACCCCAAUGCGUUGGAUGUGUUGCAAGAGGUGACCUUCAGGAGGCAUUUGUGUCAGUGUGUUUUUUUUUCUUGAACACAAUAAAAAUGCAUUAUCAUAUUAUAUACCG